GGGUCAAAACACGAAAUUUAGCCUCUCGGCGUCUUGGGUCCUUCGUGCCGCUCUGCGAGCUGCGAGGGUUUCGCCUCGCCGCCGUUGGCCCGGCCUACGCCGACUGACCUACUGUGCUCUCCCAUUCAACGGGGCUGCGGGCGGACGCAGGGGAAGAAGGUCGCCGAGGGCCUCGCCGCCCAAUGGAUCCCGCCGCAAAUCAGGUCGCCCGAGGCAACAAAUGGACCAGAGCUCCGCAGCUCGGGGACCUCGUCCUCGCCAAGGUCAAGGGUUACCCUUUCUGGCCAGCCAAGGUGAGCAGGCCGGAGGAUUGGAAUCAGGAGCCUGCUCCACGCAAGUUCUUUGUUCUUUUCUUCGGCACCAGAGAGAUUGCUUUUGUAGCUUUGCAUGAUCUCUUGCCGUUUACAGAAGAGGUGAAGAGUGACCUGGUAAAUCAAGCUCGAGAGAAACGAUUCCCGAAAAGACAUGCAAAAGGUCUUGAAGAAGCCUUGGUGGAGGUACAGAAGGCCUAUGAUGAACUCCCAAAAUCAUCUGAAACUUCCAAUGGUUUGUUUCCUAAUCGAACUCCUGAUCCAAUUGAAAAACCUACAGAGCCCCUUGUAAAGCCACCUACUGAUGGUUGGACUCCAAAACUGGAACAAAUUGAUGAUUUUGAUGGGAGGUACCUGAGCCUCAAAAGAGAGGAGAGAGAUGUCCCAAAAUCAUCUGAAACUGCCAAUGGUUUGUUGCAUGAUCAAACUCCUGAUCCGGUUGAAAAACCUACAGAGCCCCUUGUAAAGCCACCUACUGAUGGUGGGACUACAAAACUGGAACAAAUUGAUGAUUUCGAUGGGAGGUACCCGAGCCUCAAAAGAAAAGAGAGAGAUGUCCCAAAAUCAUCUGAAACUGCCAAUGGUUUGUUGCGUGAUCGAACUCCCGAUCCGAUUGAAAAACCUACAGAGCCCCUUGUAAAGCAACCUGCUGAACUGGAACAAACUGAUGAUUUCCAUGAGAGGUACCUGAGCCUCAAAAGAGAAGAGAGAGAUGUCCCAAAAUCAUCUGAAACUGCCAAUGGUUUGUUGCAUGAUCGAACUCCCGAUCCGAUUGAAAAAACUACAGAGCCCCUUGUAAAGCAACCUGCUGAACUGGAACAAACUGAUGAUUUCCAUGGGAGGUACCUGAGCCUCAAAAGAGAAGAGAGAGACGUCCCAAAGUCAUCUGAAACUGCCAAUGGUUUGUUGCAUGAUCGAACUCCUGAUCUGAUUGAAAAACCUACAGAGCCCCUUGUAAAGCAACCUGCUGAUGGUGGGACUCCAAAACUGGAACAAACUGAUGAUUCCCAUGCGAGGUACCCGAGCCUUAAAAGCGAAAAGAGAGUUCGGUAUGCUGGCAUUGAGGAGAGGAACUUGGAGGAUCCCUAUGGCAUACCAAGAUGCAUUGCUGCGCUUGAAGGAUUGCCGGAUUUACAAAUGGAAGAUGUGCUAAAAGCAGCUGACCUCUUCACCGACAACAAGGGCAAUCGAGAAGUCUUCCUCUCUUUUCAAGUAAUGCAUUUCGGCUUGGUUGGGUAAGAAGAAAAAUUCAGAACACCUAGUGAAAUGGCUAUGGAAAUAUAAACUAGUGCAAUGUUAAUGGUAGCAAAUUAUCAUGUAGUGCUAAGGCGUCGAGCUAAGUUUUGUGUGUAUGUGCCCCUGGGAAGGUGUGCUAGUACUAAUGCAACAAAUCCUUUUAAUUGAAUUGAAUAUAACUAGUUGCAGCAUAAA